ACAUGUUUUUAACCUCGGCAUUUUUUUCUGAACUAUGCUGCUUUCACGUUUAAAAUGGCUAUUAAAAGCUGCUAGACUAGCAUUUCAUACAGUCCUCGAUAUUUUUAUUGUUCUUUUAGCAAAUGUGUAUGUGCAAAUAUCUAUUUUAAAUUAGGUUUAAAAAUACGCAUUUGUUCCGAAUCACGGGAGGCUGUUCAAAUGCACUUUAAAGUUGUUAUACACAAGUGUAUAUAUAAUCGUAUGCCAGUAUCGAUGUCUCUUCAAAUAUAACUGAAGUAAACCACGAUUCGUGUUGGUAAGUGCACACAUACGGUACACCACUUAAACAUUUAAACCAUUUACAGCGUUUAAAAUACUCAUUAACCUAGACGAUACCAGGAUACUAGGGCUUGAUCUCUGUGGUCUCAGUGCUGAAAACUGCGACUUCACCACAAAUGACAUUAAACACUUUUUUUUUCUAAAUAGUGUGCUGAACUGCUGUUUUGAAUACGAGACAAAGCCCUCCGAUGUCUCCACCAAUUCACAUGAUAGCGCUCCAGUCGGAACCAUGUUACGAAAUGUAAACGUUGACGGAAGAAAUUGGGUGCUGGAACGGUCACAGGAAGUUACGUUGUGGCUGAGGUUAACUGCAGAAAAAAGGAUGACACGGAAGAAACGCUUGAGGCCAAUCGCCGAGAUGGCCCGGAAGAUCCGGGAGUACCGAGCGCUGAAGGAGAGGCCGCGGGACUCCCAGCGCUACGCCCUCGAUUACAAGACCAUGACGCGGCCUUACACGGGCAAGCAGCUGCCAGUGCUGGCCUGGGAGGACGUGCGGCGCGAGACCCGCCUCUUCUCCCUGCUGUCCGGCCUGAGGUUGUUCGGCAUAGGGCGUCUGUUCACCCGGAAGUCCUGGCUGAGUGAGCACCAGGAGCCCUGCUACUGGCAGGUCACCAAGGUCAAGGUGGACUACACCGCUGAGAAUAUGGACCAUGGAAAGGCAUGGGGCAUUCUGACCUUUAAAGGGAAGACGGAGGAGAAAGUGAAAGAGAUAGACAAAGUGAUGUACCACGACUGGCGUCUGGUGCCCAAACACGAGGAAGAGGAGUUUAAGCGCUUCACGCCCGCGCCGGACCCCCGCGAGCGAUACGUGCUGUACCCACCUCUCCUGCGGGCCAUGAUCAUGGCGCAGAGAGAGAAGGAGGGCCGGCCGACGGGCGAGGAGCCCCUCAUCGACCUGCACAGGAAAGUCCACUUCACCAAGGAUUACUUCAGACAGCUGGAGAGUCAGCAGCGCCAGGAGGGAACCCCCGUGUGACGCCUCUGGCCUCUGGCCUCUGGCCUCUGACCUCUGACCUCUGACCUCUGCAGGGGUGGAGAAGUGACUGAACGGCAUUCACGGUUAAAUGCACACGGGGGAACCCCGCUGAGCAGAGGCCGUUGUGUUCAGUUAACCAUCCACACUGCACUGCAAUGCAUUGAUUAAAGAGCACGUUGCACUGGGUUUAACCCCUGCUGGUCCCUUUGCAGAUCAUACCCUGAUGCAGCUCCCUGCUGUAACCUCUCAAGUAUGGAUGUGCAUUCAAAGUCCUCCUCUUUUUUUCACUUGUGUUGUUUCUCUGUUCCCACACACGGCUCUGCCAUGCCAAUUGGUGCAAAGUCUGCAAAAAGUUGAGAUGAGUCUCUCUGCCCUCUUUCCUCUCUUACUAUGUGCAGUACCUGUACAGCGUCUUAGCUGUUACUUGUUGACAAUGACUGUUUUCCUAGGUUUCUUAACAUCUGAGCACUACAGCACUGUACCUUGGUUCACUCAGUGGAGCUCUCAGUUUCCAGUAGGAGUAAAUGUUCUAUAAACUAUCUCAUUCGAAGAAGAGGGCAUAUGUACAUGUGGUUUGUAAUAUCAUUACUGCCACUGUAAACCUCACUGCAAUUGUUUUGUGAUUAAAUUUGUGUGGAUUGUGUCUGUGUGAUGUGUUUUGUGACAGACUUAAGCAGAGCGGCAGUUGAUUAUAAAAAACAGCGGAAAUAAAACAUUCGUCUAAA